GCGGCUCGUCAAGUUGCGUCUCAGACAGAUGGUAGAGAAAGCACAAACAGAAGUGUUCCUACACAGUGGAUGGACCUUUUUACAAGAGGAGAAAAACGAUUGACGGGAAUAAGAACAAUCAGGACAAUCUGGAUUAAUCCAAGAUUGGACGGUCGUGGAGUGAAAUGAUCUGGGACAUCUAUGUACGAUAAAAGGAGUGAUUUCUGCUUUUCAAGAUGACGACAGUGGAUGUUUAAAACGUCAGCGGCCUGGGUUUUUUGAAAGGAGGAUGACUGUAUUCACGAGAAAGGUGCAGCAGGUGCUGCUGUGCGUCCUGCUCCCGUGCGCUCUCCAGCUCUGCUGCGCUCAGACGCAAGAAGAUGGGCUUGUUGUUUGCUCCGGUACCCAGAACUUUCUCAGCACAACUGGAACUUCAGAGAUUCAGUACAAUCUGAUGAAGAAGCUGUACACGGGGUGCGACAUCGUGAUGGGAAACCUUGAGAUCACCAUGAUGGAGCACACCCGAGACUUCAGCUUCUUGCAGUCUAUCAAGGAGGUGACGGGCUACAUCCUGUUCGCUGUCAACGAGUUCAGUCGCCUCCCGCUUGACAACCUGCGCAUCAUCAGGGGCUCCACGCUGUACGAGGAUCAGUACGCCCUGGCUGUGAUGGUCAACUACCAGAAGGACGGGCAGCACGGCCUCCAGGAGCUGGGCCUGACGCACCUGACAGAGAUACUGGAGGGAGGGGUCAAGAUUAUCCAGAAUAAGUACCUGAGCUACGCCCCGCAGAUCAACUGGCUGGACAUCGUGAAGGAUGAAACCGCUCAGGUUGUCAUCGAGGGCAACGGGCCGAAAAAGCCUUGUGACAAGUCGUGUGGAGACCUGCAGUGCUGGGGUCCAGGAAGUAACACAUGCCAGAUCUUGACGAAGACUGUGUGCGCCCCUCAGUGUAACGGCCGAUGCUUUGGGAGAAACCCCAGCGACUGUUGUCACAGUGAGUGCGCCGGAGGCUGCACCGGACCGCUGGAUACUGACUGCUUUGCUUGCAGGAAGUUCAACAACUCGGGUUCUUGUCUGCCGCAGUGUCCUCAGCCUCUGAUUUACAACAAACAUGCAUUCAAAAUGGAGCCCAACCCCAACGCCAAGUACCAGUAUGGCUCUAUCUGUGUGGCCCAAUGCCCACCAAACUUCGUGGUGGACGGCAGCUCGUGUGUGAGCAACUGCCCAUCUGAUAAAAUGGAGGUGGAGAAAAGCGGAGUGAAGAGAUGUGAACCGUGCGGAGGCCUCUGUCCGAAAGCUUGCCACGGCACAGGCAGUCCAAACCGGCAGACAGUUGAUGCGAAUAACAUCGACAGCUUCAUAAACUGCACUAAGAUACAGGGCAGUCUGCACUUCCUCGUGACGGGGAUUGAAGGUGACACUUACAACGGCGUGCCAGCCCUUGAUCCAGAAAAACUAAAAGUCUUCAACACUGUGCGAGAAAUCACGGACAUCCUCAGUAUCCAGUCGUGGCCUCAAAACAUGUCGGACCUGUCAGUCUUCUCCAACCUCCAAACAAUUCAAGGCAGAACUCUUUACAAAGGAGUGAGCUCUAGAAGGGGCUACUCUCUGAUGGUGGUGAAGAUCGGAUCUCUCACCUCCCUGGGGUUACGCUCACUGCGGAAGAUAAACGAUGGCGGCGUUUACAUCACAGGAAACAAGCAGCUCUGCUACCAUGACACCGUCAACUGGACACGCAUCUUCAGCAGUAGCUCCCGUCUGCAGAGACGCCAGAAGCACAUCGACGUGAGGGAGAACCGGCCCUUGGGAGAAUGUGUUGACGAGGGCCAUGUGUGCGACCCCCUCUGCUCCUCUGAUGGAUGUUGGGGUCCUGGACCAAAUCAGUGCGUUUCCUGUGAGAAGUACAGCAGGGGAGGAACGUGUGUGUCAGACUGCAUGUUCCUGUCUGGGGAGAGGAGGGAGUUUGCUACUCAGUCAGGGGAGUGUAUGGCCUGUCAUCCGGAGUGUAAGGUCCAGGAGGGGAAGGCGACCUGCACAGGCCCGGGAGCAGAUCAGUGUGUAGCAUGUGCCAGGCACCAGGAUGGUCCACACUGCGUCUCCUCGUGUCCUGAGGGUGUCAUGGGAGGAGAGGGGAUCAUCUUUAAAUACCCCAAUAAGCAGGGUCACUGCGAGCCCUGCCACGUCAACUGCACCCAAGGAUGCACAGGUCCAGGAAUCAACGACUGUGUCGGCACUUCCCGAUACAUUUCUGGACAAGCGACUACAGCCAUUGUACUGGGAGUGAUCGCCCUCAUCUUCGUCUCGUUCUCCAUCUUCGUCCUGACCGUUCUGUACCGCAGAGGCCUUGCCAUCCGUCGAAAACGAGCCAUGAGGAGAUACAUGGAGAGUGGAGCGAGUUUUGAGCCACUUGAAGAGAAGGGUGCUCAAGUCAACGCUCGCAUCUUGAAGCCUUCAGAGCUGCGUAAGAUAAAGCUGCUGGGAAAUGGCGUGUUCGGAACUGUCCAUAAGGGUGUUUGGAUUCCUGAAGGAGACACAGUGAAACUUCCCGUGGCAAUAAAGACGAUACACGAUCGCACCGGCCGACAGACUUUUUGUGAACUGACCGAUCACAUGAUGGCGAUAGGCGGGCUGAAUCACAUCAACGUUGUGCGGACGCUGGGCAUCUGUCCUGGUGAGAGCCUGCAGCUGGUAACCCAGCUCAGCAAUCAGGGAUCGCUGCUGGAGCACGUCAAGAAGUACAAGAACAAACUCAGCCCACAGAGGAUGCUCAACUGGUGUGUUCAGAUUGCCAAGGGUAUGAAUUACCUGGAAGACAACAGGAUGGUCCACAGAAACCUGGCUGCCAGAAAUGUGCUCUUGAAGAAUAAUUUCACCGCCCAGAUUUCAGACUACGGCAUUGCAGAUCUGCUGUACCCCGACGACAAGAAAUACUUUUAUAAUGAGGUCAAGACCCCAAUCAAGUGGAUGGCCUUGGAAAGUAUAUUGUUUCGCAGAUACACACAUCAGAGUGAUGUCUGGAGUUAUGGUGUGACAGUAUGGGAAAUGAUGUCGUAUGGGGCAGAGCCGUAUGCGUCCAUGCGUCCACAGGAGGUUCCUGACUUGCUGGAAAAGGGAGAGCGUCUGUCCCAGCCUCAGAUUUGCACCAUUGAUGUCUACAUGGUCAUGGUGAAAUGUUGGAUGAUAGAUGAGAACGUCCGUCCAACUUUUAAGGAGCUGGCCAGUGAAUUCACCAGAAUGGCCCGAGAUCCACCACGGUACCUGGUGAUCAAAGAGGACUGUUGCCAACAGGACUUGGAUGAAGUCGCCCAGCGAAGUGGAGAUCACCUGGAUGAUCUCGACGAUUUAGACAUUGAACUGGGUGACGAGGUGGUGGAUGAAGAGAUGGUCAAUCUGGCUCCAGUCCCCCAGUACCUGCCCAGUCUCAAUCGAGUAUCUAGAUCGGACACUCACAAAGCCGUUCUUAAUCCAUCGAGUGUGAGUGGAUAUCUACCGAUGACCCCUGGAGUUGACAACACUGCACAGACGGCGUGGCAGUCACGAUCCCGGCUAGACUCCGCCCGCACUGUGUCUGAGAGCUCGGAGGGCUGCGGCACGGCUGGGGAGCUUGAAAUGAGUGAAGACUUCUCUCUGGCUGGGAGCCUAAAACGAAGACGUCAUCGAGAAGACAGCGCUUAUGUGUCGCAGAGGGACAGUCUGUCAGGUGGCCCGCCAGAGACUCCUUCACCAGAGAUAGAGGAGGAGGACCAGAACGGAUAUGUGCUCCCCGGGGGCAGUCCAGAGAGAGAAACUCUGCUUCAUGCGUCACGUGCUGCAUCCAGCAGGAUAGGCAAGUCUCGUUCCUCCAGCCUCUUGGAUGAUCCAGAUGACGAAGAAUACGAGUAUAUGAACAAGCAGAUCUGUGCAACGCCGAUGUCAACCAGACAGAACAGCUACUGCCCGAAGCCGAACAAAAAACGGACUUCCUCCGUCUCGUCCCACACAACAGCCAGCUCCUGGGAUACCACACUCUCAGCGGAGGUCCGGGGAGGGCUCACAAGAAGCAAAGACAGCUCUGAUUCGGAGCAACAGGGAUCCAAUGAUGUUGAAUACGAAUACAUGGACAUCAGAGGCCAUGAAAAAGAGGAAGGCCCUCCAGCACAUGAUCCUCCUCCUCCACCAAUAUCCUCCAAGGUGCGGGCGGAGGAGGACGAAUAUGUGGAGGACAGUAAUUAUCAUUACACAAACAGACAACCGAAGCUGCGUCAAGCUCUUCGAGACCAGAGGGAGCUGAAGAUACAGGGGAAAGAGGAGGGUGAGGCAUACGAGUAUGAGGACAUGGACUACUUUGCAGCCCAGCUGCCUGAAGAUCCGGCGGUUUACCAGAACAUGCAGUGGGAGGGAGCAGUGGGGGGCGCCGAGGCACACCAGUCUGGGUUUGACCCCCAUGUAAAAGUGCGAGCUGGGGUUGGGCAGCCUGCUGCUGGUGACAGCUCGUUCGACAAUCCGGGCUACUGGCACAGCAGGAUGUUCCUGGAGGCCAAAGCGGUGCCAACAUGAAGAACUUUCUAUAUCUGAAAAGACACAAUCAUGAAGGACCUGAAACAAAAGGCCAGUUAUUAAUGUAGCCUAUGACAAUGUUAAAGACUUUUAAAACUAAUUUGUCAUUCAUUGUACAUUCAUUAUAGGCUCACAUUAAUUAUUUAGGCCCAUGAUUGGGGCAUUGCCACAAUUUAUAGCAGGAAAUAACAGAUGACAAGCUAUAAUUUCUCAGUUUACAUUUUGAAAGAACAAACAUGUUUUUAAGAAGAAAUGCAGCUCUUUGGGAUUUAUUUUUUUAUGUUUUGUGACUCUUUAAUGUUGAUACAUGUAACAUAUUUUCUCAAUAAUUUUUUUUAAUAUGAAUUUCUACUAUGAAGCCUAUUUUUCAUUUAAACUUGUCGGUAUGUGUUGAUAAUUCAACGACUUGUCAAAUGUUUCCCAUCAGGCUCAGAGAUUGACAUGUAUUAAAAAAAAUUACUAAUUUUC